AUGUCAAGUUAUCAAGGACAACAGACAUAUGCCGGAGUGAGAAGGAUUAGACCAAAAGGCAAAGCACAACAGACAUAUGCCGGAGUGAGAAGGAUUAGACCAAAAGGCAAAGCACAACAGACUUAUGCCGGAGUGAGAAGGAUUAUACCAAAAGGCAAAGCACAACAGACAUAUGCUGGAGUGAGAAGGAUUAGACCAAAAGGCAAAGAACAACAGACAUAUGCCGGAGUGAGAAAGAUUAGACCAAAAGACAAAGAACAACAGACAUUUGCUGGAGUGAGAAGGAUUAGACCAAAAGGCAAGGAACAACAGACAUAUGCCGGAGUGAGAAGCAUUAGACCAAAAGGCAAAGCACAACAGACAUAUGCUGGAGUGAGAAGGAUUAGACCAAAAGGCAAGGAACAACAGAAAUAUGUCGGAGUGAGAAGCAUUAGACCAAAAGGCAAAGCACAACAGACAUAUGCCGGAGUGAGAAGGAUUAGACCAAAAGACAAAGCACAACAGACAUAUGCCGGAGUGAGAAGGAUUAGACCAAAAGGCAAGGAACAACAGACAUAUGCCGGAGUGAGAAGCAUUAGACCAAAAGGCAAAGAACAACAGACAUAUGCCGGAGUGAGAAGGAUUAGACCAAAAGGCAAAGCACAACAGACAUAUCCCGGAGUGAGAAGGAUUAGACCAAAAGGCAAGGAACAACAGACAUAUGCCGGAGUGAGAAGGAUUAGACCAAAAGGCAAGGAACAACAGACAUAUGCUGGAGUGAGAAGCAUUAGACCAAUAGGCAAGGAGCAACAGACAUAUGCUGGAGUGAGAAGGAUUAGACCAAAAGGCAAAGCACAACAGACAUAUGCCGGAGUGAGAAGGAUUAGACCAAAAGGCAAAGAACAACAGACAUAUGCCAGAGUGAGAAGCAUUAGACCAAAAGGCAAAGCACAACAGACAUAUGCCGGAGUGAGAUGGAUUAGACCAAAAGGCAAGGAACAACAGACAUAUGCCGGAGUGAGAAGGAUUAGACCAAAAGGCAAGGAACAACAGACAUUUGCCGGAGUGAGAAGCAUUAGACCAAAAGGCAAGGAACAACAGACAUAUGCUGGAGUGAGAAGGAUUAGACCAAAAGACAAAGAACAACAGACAUUUGCCGGAGUGAGAAGGAUUAGACCAAAAGUGAGAAGGAUUAGACCAAAAGACAAAGAACAACAGACAUAUGCCGGAGUUAGAAGGAUUAGACCAAAAGACAAAGAACAACAGACAUUUGCCGGAGUGAGAAGGAUUAGACCAAAAGACAAAGAACAACAGACAUUUGCCGGAGUGAGAAGGAUUAGACCAAAAGACAAAGAACAACAGACAUUUGCCGGAGUGAGAAGCAUUAGACCAAAAGGCAAGGAACAACAGACAUUUGCCGGAGUGAGAAGCAUUAGACCAAAAGACAAAGAACAACAGACAUUUGCCGGAGUGAGAAGGAUUAGACCAAAAGACAAAGAACAACAGACAUAUGCCGGAGUGAGAAGGAUUAGACCAAAAGGCAAAGCACAACAGACUUAUGCCGGAGUGAGAAGGAUUAUACCAAAAGGCAAAGCACAACAGACAUAUGCUGGAGUGAGAAGGAUUAGACCAAAAGGCAAAGAACAACAGACAUAUGCCGGAGUGAGAAAGAUUAGACCAAAAGACAAAGAACAACAGACAUUUGCUGGAGUGAGAAGGAUUAGACCAAAAGGCAAGGAACAACAGACAUAUGCCGGAGUGAGAAGCAUUAGACCAAAAGGCAAAGCACAACAGACAUAUGCUGGAGUGAGAAGGAUUAGACCAAAAGGCAAGGAACAACAGAAAUAUGUCGGAGUGAGAAGCAUUAGACCAAAAGGCAAAGCACAACAGACAUAUGCCGGAGUGAGAAGGAUUAGACCAAAAGACAAAGCACAACAGACAUAUGCCGGAGUGAGAAGGAUUAGACCAAAAGGCAAGGAACAACAGACAUAUGCCGGAGUGAGAAGCAUUAGACCAAAAGGCAAAGAACAACAGACAUAUGCCGGAGUGAGAAGGAUUAGACCAAAAGGCAAAGCACAACAGACAUAUGCCGGAGUGAGAAGGAUUAGACCAAAAGGCAAGGAACAACAGACAUAUGCCGGAGUGAGAAGGAUUAGACCAAAAGGCAAGGAACAACAGACAUAUGCUGGAGUGAGAAGCAUUAGACCAAUAGGCAAGGAGCAACAGACAUAUGCUGGAGUGAGAAGGAUUAGACCAAAAGGCAAAGCACAACAGACAUAUGCCGGAGUGAGAAGGAUUAGACCAAAAGGCAAAGAACAACAGACAUAUGCCGGAGUGAGAAGCAUUAGACCAAAAGGCAAAGCACAACAGACAUAUGCCGGAGUGAGAUGGAUUAGACCAAAAGGCAAGGAACAACAGACAUAUGCCGGAGUGAGAAGGAUUAGACCAAAAGGCAAGGAACAACAGACAUUUGCCGGAGUGAGAAGCAUUAGACCAAAAGGCAAGGAACAACAGACAUAUGCUGGAGUGAGAAGGAUUAGACCAAAAGACAAAGAACAACAGACAUUUGCCGGAGUGAGAAGCAUUAGACCAAAAGGCAAGGAACAACAGACAUAUGCUGGAGUGAGAAGGAUUAGACCAAAAGACAAAGAACAACAGACAUAUGCCGGAGUUAGAAGGAUUAGACCAAAAGACAAAGAACAACAGACAUUUGCCGGAGUGAGAAGGAUUAGACCAAAAGACAAAGAACAACAGACAUUUGCCGGAGUGAGAAGGAUUAGACCAAAAGACAAAGAACAACAGACAUUUGCCGGAGUGAGAAGCAUUAGACCAAAAGGCAAGGAACAACAGACAUUUGCCGGAUUGAGAAGCAUUAGACCAAAAGACAAAGAACAACAGACAUUUGCCGGAGUGAGAAGGAUUAGACCAAAAGACAAAGAACAACAGACAUUUGCCGGAGUGAGAAGGAUUAGACCAAAAGACAAAGAACAACAGACAUUUGCCGGAGUGAGAAGGAUUAGACCAAAAGGCAUUUGUAUACAAGAUACCUAA